AUGGCAGGUUCUUGCAUUCAUUGUGGAGAUGAGUUCCAGAAGAAAGUUAAAGGGUAUCGCAGGCAAUCCAUUGCAUCUAGACUUAAAACCUCGGAAACUGUUGACAAUGCAUUAGUGAAUGUUCUAAAGCUGAAACCCAUUACCCCGUUGGCUUGUUGUCUCUUUCCGCAUAAUAUUGAGGAGCAUUGGUGCUUGCAUGUGAAAUUCUACUGUUCUGAUGUAACCAAAGAGUUACUGAUUGCCAACUCCAAGUAUACUUAUCUGAAAGAGUAUAUCAUAACAUUGUCGCUAGAGAACCCAACCUCAAUAACUUUGAAGGAUGAGAAACAAGGAAAGGAUGAUAAGUUACUCGUCACAAUGUUUGCUGCUGGUCAUUGUCCUGGUUCAGUUAUGUUUCUGUUUGAAGGUAGUCAUGGCAAUGUGUUGUAUACAGGUGAUUUCAGAUUGGCUAAAGGAGAAGCAAAAAGAAUGCAUCUUUUACAUUCUGGAUCAAGAGUUAAAGAUAUUAAAAGUAUCUACUUAGAUACAACUUUCUGUUCACCCGACGUCAUGCAUUUACCUUCUAGGGUAGAGUGUCUUCAAGCCCUCAUAGAACUAGUUGAUGGAUGGAUUUAUCAAAGCCCUAAACACAUGGUGAGAUUGACUUGUAAAGCCAAGUAUGGAUACGAGUAUCUAUUUGUUGAACUCAGUAAACAUUUCAAUAUGCAGAUUCAUGUUUCUGUCAAUCACUUCUCGUAUUACAACAAAGUUCCUGAUGUUUCGCAAUAUCUGACGACAGAAGGCAAAACAACACAGAUCCAUGCUUGUAAAUGGGAGGAUUGUAAACUGGAAGAAACUGCUUCAGUUCUUGUUAUACAGCCCUCAACAAUGUGGUUUAUUUAUAACGCAAAGCCAGGAGUUGUAAAAAAGCUGGAUACACACAAGUAUAGAGUAUGUUUUUCAUUUCAUUCGUCAUGUAGUGAGAUCAGAGAUUUUGUUGGGUACCUUUGUCCUGAGAAUGUAUACCCUAAUGUCAUUCCUGUUGGUUGUAGCGAAGAGGUGGUCGUCAACAGGUCACUUGUUUUGAUGUCUCCAUAUUGA